AUGCUUUUUUUGGUGUGUCUUUUACUCUUUGAGGCAUACGCUGUUUCCAUUAGCCCAAUGAUAAGCCGCGAUAUGGAACGUGACUCCAUUCAGGUAAUAUCAGUAAAACUGUGAUGAUCUUUCAUGACGUGUUAACCGACAUCAAAUAAGCGUUUUGUCCUGAACGUAUUCGCUUUCGCUGCUCAUCAAGCAAUGACUGUAUUAAAUCAUAUCAUUUAAGUGCUCCUUUCUAUUCACCAAGACAAUACAAUCUCGGCUUACGCGAUGGUCAGAGUAGGAUAUUUUCCUGGUAACAAACUAGCUCCCUCUCUCACUUUAUAGCUGUGAUUUGUUUUCUUAUUUUCAGGAUAAUUCAGAUCCAGAGUACCAGGAUGAGUCCUCCAUGGUACAAGCACGAUAUGCACGUGGCAAGUAUAAAACAUCUUAAGAACUUGUAAAGUUCACCUCUAAGUCUCUUGUCCAUAAGUUAUUCCACUUAACAAGCUCAGGAAAUGGCAACAUGGUCAUGUGUUACUAUGGACGAAAAUAUGUCCAGCGUAGCCGAACUACUAUUCUAUCGUAAUUUUAGUGAUAGUAACCUAAUACAGAUAGGUAAAAGUACAAAUUUGUGGGAUUGGAGUAAAGGUAAGGUGAAACAUUGAGAUUUCGCACUUCAGGAACAUUUUGAGCGAAUGACAGUCGUCGUUAACGUUCUUCCUUUGUCAUUGAUGAUGACCGAGUACAUCUCAAGGGUCCAUUGCUUACGUGUGUGGCUGAUGAAUCCGAUGCAAGCUUAAGAGACAGCAGCUUAAGUUGGAUACUGGUGAUCAGCGGUUAUUGAGGUUGGAAAGUUGACUCUGGACAUCCCCAACAUGUCUUCCUCAUCGACUUCAGCAAUAUUUUGUGGCUCAUUCUAACACUGUCACUGUUUUGCAUAACGUUUCAGAACCCAAAAGAUGUACAUACAGAAACAAGGAAUAUAAACCGGGCGCAAAAGUUGACAUAAAUUUGGGUCCGGAUUAUGCAAGAUGCGAUCGAUGCACAUGUACCAAGAAAGGAAAAUUCCGCAAAUGCACCAAUUUGUACUAUUGCGAAGUGGGCUUUCUGAAGUGUAAGGUUGAGGAUUAUGAAUGGCUUCCUGGUAAAUGCUGUCCUGAGUGCAAACGAAAAAGUAAGUUACCUACUGUUCAUAGCUUUCUCAAUCCUCGUUUCGCUUGUGUGCCUUGAGUUUUAGUGUGUGUACAGAGUCUGUGCAGGGAUGCUCGUUUUUCUUGCUAUUUGUUUCUGUCUUCUGUUUCUGCACUUGCACGUUUUUGAAUUUUUUCUUUCAUUAACUCUCAGUUCUACGAUUUUCAGUUUUCUGUGUAUGACUCCCCAGUAAUUCUAUAAAUUAAUUUGUUUAAAAUAUGCAUCGAGGCCAACUACCUCAACUCAAUAAUUAGAUUAUUAUCAUUGUGUAUCGUCUGCACUUUCCAUUUUUGCUCGUUUAUUUCGCGUUUAAGUACCUGAAUCUUGGCCUCCAACCGUUCCUCACCUAAAAAAACUAAUAGGGCCACUUGCCUUCGUUUAGUGGCUUUUUUCAGUUAAGAACGGAAAAAAAAUUAAGAAUUCAGUUUACUCUGUCAAUUACACGUGUACCAGGUGUGUAUGUGACAAUGGAAUCUCUCUUCUAAUGCGUUCAAAACUGACCAAUUGCUUUUUAAGCUUUAAAUAUUGAAGUUAUUGAUUUACAGGUUGCACUGACGACAGAAAGGUCGGGGAAAAAUGGGAGAGGAUAAAAAGCAUGACGGGCCAAAAUGAAGGCAUUUGCUCUCUUUGUGAAUGUUUAGCAGACGGCGAAGAGUUCUGCCAAGACAGUCGUUUCAUUUGCUUUGACAUAUCAGGGUGUCUGGAGACUGAGAUAAAACCGGACUUCUGCUGUCCACAGUGCAGUAAGUAUCACCAAAGAGAUGAUAAUGAAAUAAAUGCAUGGAAUAAGAGAAAAAGAGGAAGAAAGAUGACUCACAGCAAAACAUCUGAAUAAUCACUACAUGUUCAAGCUAGAGCACAGGAAGUUUACAACAGCGCAAAAAGGCAUCCUUUUCGUAAGCCAGGAGAGUGGAUUGAGGCGAGAAAAUGGUCCAUUUAAAUAACCUUGAAAAAAAUUCAAUAUAAUGUCAAAUGACCGGUUUUCAGGUUGUGGUUAUGUGGACUUUUUAAGCUGCUGUACUGCGUUGAAAACUGCUAUUAAAAUGUGAACAAUUAAUAACCUAGCAACAAGAAGUCCCAUAUGCAGAGUUCCAAUGAGUCCAUGAGGUGGCAAAAGUUGCGUAUGUGUUGGUCUCAGAGAGAGACUGCUCUCUGGGUUAUAGGUCCUUGAUAACGUCACAAAUAGAGAGAGAGUAAGUUUUUAAAGCAGAUGAAGUCAAUCGUCGACGCAGAACUAGUUAAUGUGAAGAAGAUUAGCAGUUCGUAGAUGAAAGUCGUGAUCCUCGUCGAAACUGACUGCAUCAUGAGAAAAACGAUUUUACUUCUUUCGUAGAGUUGUUAAAGUUUCCGUACACAUUGUUCUCGGCAAAUAUAGUUGUUGUCCUCAUUUUCGCAAGUACUUGGGGAAUUGAUGUAGCCAGUGUCCUAAGAUGACAGUUCAUUGCUCUUUUUCUAUCAAACCUUUCAGAAACUUGGGCCAAAUCAACUACGACUGAUGCACCAAGCUUUACCAUUAUACUGACGGAACCUACAGAACCACCGCCGUUUCCACCUUUCCAAUGAAGACAAAGAAACUUAAGACCAGGCUCGACAAAUGUUGUUUCUUCGCAGAUGCGAUUUACUUCGAGUGUUGAGAUCUCUGAGAGCUUCUAGUUUUUCAAAGGAAGAGUGAGCAUGACGAUUCUAAUGACUUGUUCUAAGAAAUAAGAGAUCGUUGAAUGGAUGUGUUCGCGAGACUCGAUUAAACCUGGAAAUAAAACUUGAAAAGAAAUUGAAAACGCAUCUUCUUGUUUGCUGCAGUCAUUUUAAUUUAAAUUACAUCCAGUAUCAGUUACUUUAGUGGUUAAACUGCAUCAGGAUGAUUUUUGGCAGUUUCUUAAAUGUUUCGCUGGGAACGAGUCAACCAUAAAAUUUAAGCAAAUGUUUUGAUACCCCAUCUAUCUUCUUUUGUCUGCUAUUGCUUUUUGAGAGAAAAAAAAAAAAAAAAACUUUGCAGAUCAAGAUAUAUUGUUCUGGUCCGGCGGUCAUUUCAUUUCUUCUCCUCAUUUACGCACAGUCGAAAUUUGUCAGACUAUAUUUAUGCUGUGAUGCUUUAACAAAGCGGGACAUCCUGAGCGAACAUUAUUGACGACUAUUUCCACUGCUGUGACCAAUCAGAACGCGCCAUAGUGGAAACACGUGGCCAUAUAAUCAAAGAAUGGUCCGGCGGUCAUUUCAUUUCUACUCCUCAUUUACGCACAGUCGAAAUUUGUCAGACUACAUUUUAUGCUGUGAUGCUUUAACAAAGCGGGACAUCCUGAGCGAACAUUAUUGACGACUAUCUCCACUGCUGUGAACAAUCAGAACGCGACAUGGUGGAAACACGUGGCCAUAUAAUCAAAGAAUGGGUCCAGCCUCACGCACAAUGAAAUAUCCACGAGGUGCAUUUGAGUUGACUGGUAACUCUGCAGUCAUCUCUCAAAUGAUCAUGGUAUCAUUUUUCAGUCUUAAGGUAUCAUGUGCAGAUAUUUAAAAGCUUUCGUGAUAUUCAAUCAUUCACUGCUAUAAUUUUUGCCGGUUUUCUUCCUUCCAUCAAUUCGAUAUCAGAAUGAUAUGCUCUAUUGUUCAGAUCUCCUAGUUACCUCUACUAUGAUGAAAGAAUUUAAUUGUGUUGUCUGUUUUGUUUUCGUGUUCUUGCACGGAAUCAAUGCUGUGGAAAAGCCAAAAAAUAUAAUUAAUACGAAUAUAUAUAUUUGUAUUUUUCUAAAAAAUCAGUUCCUCUUCUUGCUUCGAAGGAUGGAAAUGUAUUUUGAUCAACAAAAUACCCAAAUAGAACAAGUCGUGAACACUUUGGUCGUCACUUUUUAAUUAACAAUUCAGAUGUGUUAAAUUUGCCAAAUCGAAGAAAGAGAUCUCUAUGGACGCCUAUGACUUUAAGAAAGAAGAAAGUUUGUUCUCCUAAAUAACAAAAGCCUAAUUUUCACGGUCUUCAAAAUUGCUAACUCAAUUUCUUUUGAAGUAUUGAGCUGUAUAUAUAUGUUAAAAACCGUUAAUUUUUUCUGAGAUGACUACUUUUGGGAAACAUGAAUUAGAUCCAUUUACGUGGAGGACAGAUGGUUCACUAUCAAGUCUUGGGUAGGUCGAGUUUAGCACAGAUAUUUUAGUAUUUCUGUCGUAUUUUAACGCCGAAAUUUCAUAUGAUUGAACAUGCCUUAAUAUCAUGUAUUAGUCCAUAGAGAAUACACGUUACGAUUUAGACUUGCGAUGCUAAUCAAAAAGCGUCAGGAUUCUUUGGUUGUGCUAUUGCUUGCAUAAAGGUGAAACACCUUACACUAUAGUUUUUAUCCUUUUGCGGUCAGAAAAUUUGGAGGCUUUCCGGUGGUAUACAUUUUUUAAUGUAUCAAUCUUGUAAGCCAUCGUUAACCGUAUCGACGCUUGUGGAACCUGUAGACUAUGUUUUGUUGCGACACUCAUAUGUUUAUUUAGUUGGAGCCCAGCCUUAAUAUUUAACUGUCAUUUUAAGCUGAUGUGGCUUAACAACCGUCGUCAACCACCAUUAGCUGGUUGGAUCGUAAAUAAUUUUAACUUUAAGAUGGAGAGAGAGUUUAAUGUGGCAACCAUCCUUAAUCUUUAGGCAUAUAUUAUGUAGCUACAGACUAAUCAUAUCAGUUCAUCUAUACUGAAAUGCUUGAAAUUUCGUUCUUCGCCUAGUUUCUUGGACGGGAAAAAUUGGCCUUAUUCUUCACUGCUUAAUCGAACGUAAAUUAAAAUAGCCAUUUUUUUCAAACCUUCGGUGUUUGACCAUUUCAGGCAGUACUUUUGUUUCAAGAGACGUUAAAUACUCCGCUUCGGAAAUCGCUAAGAUGACCGAAGAAACAAAGGGAUGCUGGCGUCAGAUAUAGUUGGACAGAUGUCCCAGAUUCGAAGUCAUUGCUUUGAGAGCAAUUGACGCCAUUUAGUUUUUUUUAAUGCAUAAACAGUGAUCAUGACUGUACGGGUCAUAAUUACUCGGUGGAAACCUAAAUUUAAGCAAGAAAUUAACGAAAUUAGGUUAAAUUCUGAUAAUUAAUUAUACAAAAUGAAAUCGCAUUUUUUCCUGCUGACAAAACAAAUUUAAUGUGUUUUGUAAAGUUAACUAUUGAUCUAGGCCCCUGACCUCUUUUUGACGUUUGUUUACAAAGCAAUAAAGUUGGCGUCUUUCGAAUACUUACAAUGCAUUACGCUAGCAUCAUACCGUUUUCAAUAUCUUGAAUUAAGCGAAGUUCUUGACGUUCCAAAGAGUUGUAAUUUAUCAGAUAUAUCGUUAAUGAGAACUUUAUACUUGGGUAUUUUAUUUCAGUUAUUGAAGUUUUAAUUUCAUGAGUUGAAUUUUUAUUUUAAACUUUGUAACCAAUUCAGUCUGCCUCUCAGUACGCUUAACAGGAAAACGCGAACACCGCUGGAUUAGUUUUUCUCCGGCUACACCAUAUCAGGUGAAGUUCAGAAAAACGUCUGUUAAAACGACACUGACUCGCAUUUAUCAGCAUCCUUUGAAGUCAACCUAAGUUUAAAACAGGGCUGCUCAGGAGGUUCAUUAUUACUUUCCUCAUAUUUCACCAUUGCAUUUUGCUGUAAAACCUUGUUAUUGUCAAUAACUUCUUAUAAGGAUAAGGUAAGACGCUACAAAUCUCCAAAAUUUGAGAACAUCAUAAGUCAAGAUGAUUUAAGAAGGGUCGUUCAAAAUACCAUAAAAAAUAUAGCAAUCAUGCAGAAGUGAAGGAAAGCCACUGUUUGAGUCUUCAAACAUGUAAUCAAUAUUAUCUGACAGCAAUUUUAGCCUAUAAUGCUGUAACAGCACAAAAUGUGCAUGCCACAUGUUGAAUCUAGGAGAAACUGUUGUGGAAAAUCUCUUGUUAAGUGCAAGGAGCAAUUGAAACAAACCAUUUACAAGUUAUGCUGGAAGAAUAAAUUUAUUUUGCCUUUUCAUCCUUUUAAAAAGUCGUUAUAGCUAAACAUUUGAAUUCAGACAUCGAAUGAGUCUCCAUAAUUGAUAUUUAAUACACUUCUGUAAGUUCAGGGGUGGGGUAGGGCUUAUUAAUUCCUUGACUUCUGGGUAGGCUUUUAUUUCGCAAAAAUUCCCUUGGGGCAGAACAUCGAUGUAUUGAAUACAAUAUACAGAAUAUAUGUCUUCGGUUGAAAAUCAACAAAAACGGAAGCUAGUAGAGGCUUUCAAAUACUUGCAUAUUUAAAUUGAGCCCAAACGAAUCACUGGGAAAAUAUUGUUUCAGAGUUUGUGUUCAGGGAGGGGGGGGGUGAAAGGACGUAUCAAAGAGGGGUCUUUCAACUUGUUAUUGAAUGGUACCAUCCAACUACGAAUGGUAUUGAACUGAAUUAAAAAAACGUUGAGAAAAGCGGAAAACUUAAAACCGUCUAGGUUUAAAAUGCCGAAAAUUUCUUUAAAACGACGACGUUUCGAAGUUGCUUAGUGUCCGUUAUAGAUCAAAUCAAGAUAAAAUACUAAGUGUGCAUUUAAAUGUAGAAGGAAUUCCUUAGAGGUAUGAAUAUGAUAGCAAAGUGAAACAAAGAGAAACUACCCAUAAAUAAAGAAUAUAAUAAUAAUAGACACUUUUAAUCUGAACGAAGUCAACCAGAUUGAUAGACUGUUUGUCAAUUAAAUUUUUCAGAGUGCACAAGAAGUAGGAAGAUGGCCGUCAAAUUCAACGUGGUGCUUAUCAUCUUCGUUUGUAUUUUAAUUUCUAUCGAGGGUCGUUCGAUCGGUUAAAGAGGUAAGUGAUUCAUGAAAAAUACGGAAUCGUUCUCUUACUUUAGAUAGUUUGGCUUGGGCUGUUUACAUAGAUAACAUUACUGUCUCUUGGGGAGGAACUUGCCGGGCUGAAUAGAAUAAGUAUUGUUGCGGUAAUUAGUUCUCUUCAACAACUGACUUUAUCGUUUCCGUAUAGCAGUUCGCUUGCACCUAAAUCGAUAACUCAGGUUGUCAUGAAUAAAGGCAAGGGAAGAGAAGGACCAAAUUAAUGUUCACUUAUUUGGUUUUUUUUCAGGACAGUUCUGAUAUUGAGACCCAUAACAAGUCUUUGGUGAUGAAAGAACGAGGUACACGAAGAAAAAUCAUUAGAUUGAAAACAGUUCAUGAAUUUCAUAUCAAUGUUUCAACCAUUCUACUACAAAGGCAAGUGCGGUAAGCUGCAUGACCAAAACGCAGCGCUUAGGAAAUGACCACACGGUGACCGUCAGUCUUUUGUUGCGUAAACAGUGAACGGAUGACAUCUGGAAAACUCGUCAAUGCUGGAUUAUCGCUAAUAUCCAUUGCUAAAUGAUUCGAAACGAGAUGCACCUUGAAAAUAACCUGACCAAGAAACACCUUUUAGGAAAGUUGCCAAGUAUGACUAAACCUGGGUAUGGAGAUCUUAAAGAUACUGCCUCUUACCUAGAACCGCAAUGACUCAUUAUAAUUCUCUUGAAAUGGAACAUAAUUCCCACAUGAUUAUUGGUAUUUUGCUUCACAUUUUAGGAUCAGGAGGGUGAACAUAUAGGAACAAGGAAUACGAACCAGGCGCAACCGUUAACAUCGCUGUGGCUCCAAAGUAUGAUCGCUGCGAUGAGUGCAAAUGCAUUAGAGGGAAACUCAAAAAAUGCACAAAGUUAUACAGUUGUCACGUAGUUAAUCAGUGUAAGAUGGAAGACUAUGUAUGGCGUCCUGAUAGUUGCUGCCCUGAAUGCCAACAAAAAGGCGAGCUCUGUAUUUUUUUUCUCUUUCUAUCGACAUAUGUCUCUAAUGUACUUAACAUUAAUUGACCUGUGAACAGUUUGUCUUUUUGUUCUUGUUAUUAGUUUCUGUAUUCUUUUCUUCAGCACGUACUCGUGCUGUAGGAGACCUUUAAUUUACCCAUUUCUUCGAUCCCCACAUCAACUGUGUUUCUCUCAUUCUGAGUUCUAACUCAGGUGCUCCGUGGUGGGGCCUAAAUUCAAGAUUCGUGGUCAGUCCAGCCGUGACAGCUAUCGAAACUCUUAAGCGCAAAGAGAACGUCCAAGUUUAUUACAUCAAGGCCUAAAAAAGAAAAAAAACAACAACAAAAACAACAACAUUACAUGAAAGGGACAAUAUUUUCACAUGCUUUUCACAGCUUUUCACUUUCCUUUAUUUCACAUGAAGUAAGCUUAGACUGUGAAAACCUCAUAAAGAAUUUGCUCUUUGCAUUGAUUUUACAAUAUUUCUAUUAGAGUUCAUCACUUAUAGAUUAUCAAUCAGUAAAAAUGUCCGCCUUAUCCACUUUUGUUUUCUUUAAGACCUUCAAACUCUUAAUAACAAAUACCCCAGAUGAUGUUUUACUUUCCCCUUAUGCACCAAAUUCUUUUCCCCUCGAUUCUUUAGUUACGAAGAGAAAAUAACUUUCAAACCUCCGAAUUCCUUGUUCUCAUUCCUGUUUUGUAUUUCGCCUUCCAAUUAAUUAUUUUCUGCAAGGACUGCGGAUUCCCAUUUUACAUUUAUUCUUGAUCUAAUUUCUCUAAAGAAUAACCCAUGGCGAUCCAUGAGCAUUGACCAUCAUUGACGUUUUUUAUUUACAGGUUGUUCCGAUGACAGAAAAGUUGGCGAAAAAUGGGAGAGGUUAGUGCGUUUGCAGGAAGGUGAGAAGGAAGGAAUCUGUUCUUUAUGCGAAUGCAGGGCAGACGGUACAGAGUUUUGUAAAUAA